CACUUCUCAAUUUGGAACAAAAAUUCUGGGUUCUCACUGAAUGUCUUCCACUCCGGCAAUGGCGCUGCAUGUUUACUGGUACGACUUCGUCUGCUUCGCCAUUGUUGGGGUUUCUUUUCUGGCGGCGUCGUGGGUGAUCUGGAGGAAGGAAGGAGCUUCGGAGAGAUUCGAAGACAGCACGAUGUACGAGAGCCUUCUGGUGAGCCGCCCUGACAGCCACGUGUUUGUCAGCACCCUCCCGAGGGGCCACGUCAGCACCUCCCAGCUCUGGACUAGCUGCUGGAAGGGGCUCCACCCCGGCUGGCUCUUCGCCUUUCGAUUCGUCUCGUUUCUGGCUUUGGCUGGGUUCUUGGCUUGGGAUCUUGUCGAAUGGGAUGCUUCCAUUUUCAUUUACUACACCGAGUGGACAUUUACACUGGUUAUGAUCUAUUUUGCGCUGGGAACUCUAGUGUCUGGGUAUGGUUGUUGGUUGUCCUUAAACAAGCCCCCCACUGAAAAUGGGACAAGGUCAGAAGCUUUGAGAAGGGAUGUGGAAGAGAGUAAUGGAACUGUGAAUACCUAUAGGCGAAACGGAAUUAAGAGUACCAUCAAAUUGCAAAGCCAGUAUGCUCAGGAGGAGAUUCUGAAACGAGCAGGAUAUUGGGGAUAUCUUAUGCAAAUUGCAUUCCAGACUUGUGCAGGAGCUGUUGUCCUCACAGAUGUCGUCUUUUGGUGUAUCAUCCUCCCAUUUUUAUCAAAUGCACACCUUGGCCUCAAUAUGUUGAUGUGUUGCAUGCAUACGCUGAAUGCAGCGUUCCUUCUUCUGGAUACCAUUCUCAACAGCCUUCCAUUUCCAUGGUUCAGGCUUUCAUAUUUUGUCCUCUGGAGCUGCAUCUACAUUGCCUUCCAGUGGGUCAUUCAUGCAUUAGGUUUCCCAUGGUGGCCGUAUCCAUUUCUUGAGCUCGAUACUCCAUGGGCUCCAAUAUGGUAUUUUUGCGGGGCUGUGGCUCACAUCCCUUGCUAUGGGAUUUUUGCAGUGAUUAUAAAAGCAAAGUAUUCACUUCUGCCCAAAUUGUUUCCCCACGCUUUUGUGAGGCCAUACUAGUAGAGAUUAGCUGCUAUUCUUCAUUAAGGGGGAAUGGGCGGUUGGCUCCGAGAGUGUAACAACUCUCACCUCCAGAGAGGGUGUACACUCCGCGUCCUACAUCGUAUUACUCGGAGUAAAUUUCACCCAAUAUUCUGUUUUAUUUAAAAGAGAAUUGGAACUUGGGAGUGGUUUUCAUCUUCAUUGUUUUGCUUGUGUAAGUUCACAGGGGAAUGCUGAUCCAAUCCGUCCCCCUCCCUCCCCUCUGUAUGUUAAAAUUGCAACUUGGACCAAUCACACUGAAGCUUCUUUCUUUCUGUUAUUCUCGCACACUGAAGCUUACACAGAAUACUUUCGUUAUUUAAAUUAAAUUAUUUUUUAUGUUUCGUA